CGCCCGCGGCGCCCUGCGCCGCUUCCCCCAGGGCCCGCCGGCGGCCGGCGGCGCCCCGCCGCGCCCCCCGCAGACCCCGCCCCGGCCGGCGCCGGCCCCCGGCGCUGCGCGCGGGGCCACGUGUGCGGGCGGGCGGGGAGGCGGCCCCGCGCCGCGCGUUUAAAUGUCCCGCUCGGCGCGGGCUGCGCUGUGCGCAGGGACGGGAGCGGCCGCGCCGUGAGGCAGGAGGCGCCCAGCGGAGCCCGCCCGCGCCGCGCUCCCGCCCUGCCCUUGCGCCCCGCCAACGCCGCCGCCGGGCGGGCACCCGCUCACCGCUCUCGCCCGGGAAGGUCGGGGGUGACCGGCGCGGCGGUGAGUGAGCGAGUGCGUGGGCAGGGGGCGGCUGGCGCCCCUGCCGCCUCCCGGGGUGCCCGGCCGCCGGGCGGGGGGAGCCGGCGGGGCUGGCCCGCGGCUGCGGCCGCCCUUUCCGCACCGUGCGCCCGCGCCUCCGCCGCCCUUUGUGGGGGCUGGGGCCCGGGCCUGCUCGGCGGCUCCCCGCACGGCGCUCCGCCCGCCCCGCCCCGGCCCAGUCGGGCACCAUGCGCCGGGAGAGCGACUGCGUGGAGGAGAAGGCUCCCGCCACGGGGGACGGGGGCGCGGAGUGCGCCGUGCGAGCCCGCAAGAGGAAAGCCGAUGUGGCCACGUUCUUACAGGAUCCUGACGAAGAAAUUGCCAAAAUGGAGAUGACUAGAAAAAAGCAGUAUGAAAACCAGCCAUCCUGGAAUAAUGUUCACAAAAAUGCCCAUAUGCUUAUUCCUACUCCGGAUAAAGAUGAUGAUCCAGUUGGUGUUGAUUACUCUCAGUUUAUACAUCUAAGUGUUGUUCCAACUAGAGCUUCACCAUUACCAGUUCUGGGCUGGGCAAACAGAGAAGACGUAUGGAAAAACAUGAUAAACAAAGAAGAGACAUAUGUGAGGGAUAAACUUUAUAUGCAAAGGCACCCUCUCCUGCAACCUAAAAUGAGAACAAUCCUUCUAGACUGGCUAAUGGAGGUUUGUGAAGUCUACAGGCUUCAUAGAGAAACUUUUUAUUUAGCACAAGAUUUCUUUGAUCGGUUUAUGGCAACACAACAGAAUGUUGUAAAAACACUAUUGCAGCUUAUUGGUAUCUCUUCUUUAUUCAUAGCAGCAAAGCUUGAGGAAAUUUAUCCACCAAAGUUGCACCAAUUUGCCUAUGUUACAGAUGGAGCUUGUACAGAAGAUGAAAUCCUCGGCAUGGAAUUGAUCAUUAUGAAGGCUCUUAACUGGAACUUAAAUCCACUGACAGUCGUAUCAUGGCUAAACAUUUACAUGCAAGUUGCGUAUUUAAAUGAGUUUUAUGAGGUGUUGCUGCCACAAUAUCCACAGCAAAUAUUUGUACAAAUAGCAGAGCUCUUGGAUCUCUGUGUGCUAGAUAUUGGCUGCUUGGAAUAUACAUAUGGAGUACUUGCAGCUUCUGCUUUGUAUCACUUCUCCUCAUCUGAGUUGAUGCAGAAAGUUUCAGGUUAUAAAUGGUGUGAGAUAGAGGAAUGUGUAAAAUGGAUGGUUCCGUUUGCAAUGGCUAUAAAGGAAGUAGGAAGCUCCAAACUCAAACACUUUAGAGGUAUCGCUCCUGAAGACUUGCACAAUAUACAGACGCACAUAAACAGCUUGGACUUGCUGGACAAAGCUCAAGCAAAACAAGCCAUAUUGGCUGAGCAAAAUAGGACUUCACCUUUUCCCACUGGUGUCCUUACACCACCACAAAGUAGUAAGAAACAGUCUUCUGGACUGAAGCCAAUAUGACUUCAGAAACUGUUGACAGACAGUUUUGCUGAAGUGCCUGUUCUGCUGGUUCUAACUCCUGCUCCAUUAUGGAAAUGCUGCCAGUGAAGUUCAUAAGCUUUUUAUGGAAUCUGAAAAGGAAGCCUUACUUUUUUUGUGACAGAAGAAUUUUUCUAUUUGAAAUAUUUUUAUUGAACAUUAAAAUAUUUUAAAGAAAUGGAUCAAGUACACCAGCCACUUAAAAGAACACCGAAGAGUGCUCCAAAUGCUGCUAUGGAGGGUGAUGCUUGAUGUGACCAACUGUUCAGAAAAAGGGCUUGAAGUUUAGAUUAGUUACUGUUUGUCCUUUGGAUAAUCUGCAGUCAUACUGUCCCCUGUUGACAAGUGGGCAAAAAGUGCUGUGGAAAACAAUAUUUCAAAGCCUCUUUUUCAAAUGGUUGGCUUAUGACUAGAUGCCUUUUUAAAAAAUUCUUUAUUGUAAAUGCUGCUAUGUCUGUGUAUCCAUUUUUAAUAAAAAUGCUGUCUAAGACAGCUGGUUUUAUGUAUA